AAUAUUUAUAGGGAAAUGUUGGCGACUCGCGAGCCGUCGCCUCGUUUGGGGGUCGAGUGGACGCCCUGUCGUUGGAUCACAAGCCCAGCAAUGAGUUGGAGUCGAAGCGUAUUUGCGCGGCCGGCGGUUGGGUUGAGUUCAACCGAGUGAACGGCAAUUUAGCCCUUUCCAGAGCUUUGGGCGACUUUGUCUUCAAACGCAAUGACAAGAAGUCAGCGCAGGAACAGAUUGUCACCGCAUUGCCCGACGUCCAGACCCGCGACGUGACCGACGAACUCGAGUUCAUAAUCAUCGCCUGCGACGGCAUUUGGGAUGUGAUGACCAACGAAGAAGUGGUGGCCUUUAUUCGUAUGCGAAUCGCCGCCAAAAUGGAGCCCCAAUUGAUAUGCGAAGAAUUGAUGACACGUUGUUUGGCGCCGGACUGUCAGAUGGGAGGCCUGGGAUGCGAUAACAUGACUGUUGUGCUCAUCGCUCUCCUUCACGGCAAGACGUACGAAGAUUUGGCCGACAAAUGCGCCCUUCAUUACAGCCAUAAGGCCAACAACCGGUCACUACUGUCCCAAUCGAGUUCGUCCACCACAUCAUCCAUAUCUUCAGACGACGACGACAUCAACGCAAACAUGGAGUCGAUGGAGAAGUCGACGAACGGCGACCACGAGAACGGCUCCAACGACUCGUCCAAAGGCAACGAAGUCUACUCCAAACUCAGCGCAUCGGCCAAUGAUAAGAGUCUGACAGUUGCGUGACUUUGAUUAGUAGAUGUAAUUAACAAACAAACAAACAGUCAUUAAUAUAUAUAGGCUUUUAGCGGCUGAAGAAGUUGAGCGAUCAUUGAAAAUACAUUUUU